AUGGCCGAGUUGAGGCAGGAUACUGUUCAAGACACGCCCUGGAGGUCCGCUCGACUAACCUAUCGCGCGAUCGAAGCCGAGGACGAGGCAUUUGUUCACGACCUGGUGUCGGAGCCGCAGAGCUACAUCAAUUCGCAAAUAGGCGUAAAGAAGCCACAAGGCCGACGUGACUCCAAGAAGUUCUACGACUUUCUCAUCAACGAAUGUCUGCUUGGGAUGGUCGUGUGUGUCACUGCGGAGGCAGACAAACCUUUCGGCCUGCGAGUUCGGUCUAAGCUUGUUGCUUUCGCAUCAAGGCAAAGGCUAUGGGUCGGAGGUGAUACAGUGGGCUCUACGCUGGGCCUUUCAAAGGCGGGGCUGCAUCGCGUUACGGUCAAGGCCUUUGAGUACAACGAAGGCGCACGCCGGCUGUACGAACGACUUGGCUUUACUCAUGAAGGCACAAUACGCGAGACCUCGUGGUACGAUGGCCGUUGGUGGGCUGAUUACGAAUAUGGGAUGAUCGAGAGCGAGUGGGGGGCGAAACAGCCAGUACAGAAGGCUCUACUUAAAGCGAUGCAGCCUUGA